UUGCGUAGCGCUGCAGCUGGCGGAGGCACUAGCGCAGCCCGCGCGUGCGGCAGGGCCGCGACCGCGCCACGUCCAAGCACCACGAGCCCGAGGACACCCUGCGCCUCACACACGAGCGGGUCAGUUGAGUGUGUUGGAGGCGCUGCAGCUGGCGGAAGCGCUGGCGCGCAGCCCGCGCGUGCGGCAGGGCCGCGACCGCGCCACGCCCAAGCACCACGAGCCCGAGGACACCCUGCGCCUCACACACGAGCAGGUCAGUUGAGUGUGUUGGUAGCGCUGCAGCUGGCGGAGGCGCUGGAGCAUAGGCCGCGCGUGCGGCAGGGCCGCGACCGCGCCACGCCCAAGCACCACGAGCCCGAGGACACCCUGCGCCUCACGCACGAGCAGGUCAGUUGA